CAGGCAGGUUCUGUUGACUGACUACAGAUAGCUCAGAAAACAAGAUCGGUUUUUGGUGAAGAAACCAAACAGAUUUAAAAUCAUCAGUAUUUCAAUCAGCCAGAGCUGUAGCAAUGCAUGGCUUUAUUUCUAUGUUUUCACUGCUAGCCUUUAUUGGGCUGCAGGUGAGCGUUCAGUCCGCAGGAAGACGCUCUGAGAGGAACGUCGAAAGAACUUUCAUAUCGCUUCUGGCGGUAUCCAACGGUAUGAAGUUUGGGUCGUGGAGUCAAAGGGAAUUUUGUCCGAGAGGAACGCAUGCUGCAGGGUUCAGUCUCAAGGUGGAAAAACGUUCCUAUGGUUUUUGGGAUAACACAGCGCUCAAUGGGAUUCGUCUCUACUGCGUCAGUCUGUCCAAAGACACAGAUGAAGAAGUCAGCUCCAUUCAGUCCAACACGGGAAACUGGGGGCAGUGGACGGAAAUCAAAUGGUGUCCUUCUGGAUUCUUGAAAGCUUUUCAGCUGAGAGUCGAACCUUACCAAGGAUUUAAAGACGACACGGCCGCAAACAACAUCAGAUUCAACUGCAGCGGAGGGGCUUUGCUGCAGGGGGACGGUACGGACCAGGGCGAGUGGGGCGACUGGAGCAAUGCGUGUCGGGGAAGAGGGAUUUGUGGCAUCACGACAAUGGUAGAAGAGGAUCAGGGGUUUAGUGGGGAUGACACCGCUCUCAAUGACGUGAUGAUGUCCUGCUGCGAUUGAGGUGUAAGAGGAGGACGACGACAAGAGCAGGAAGAAGACCAGAUGGAUCGUAUUAAUUGAUCAGAUAUUACAAGCUAACAUGAAUCGUGCCAUACCACAGCGUUUUAAGCGAUCAUGCUUGUCAGUCGGUAAUUAUCUGAAAAUAAAAGAUGAUCAAGACUG